AUGGCGAACGCUGUCCAUGACGUACAGCAAAGACAAGCUGCGGAGCCAGCGAAUGUUGCUCGAGCUCUUCCUGAUCAGUCAUAUUCGUUGAUGGACGAAGAGGACAUUGCUGAAAUGAGUAUGAUUGUUGCUCAAAUCGAAAGUGCUGAGGAGUUCAAUCUAACAAUCGAAGCUGUAGAAUGUUCAAAGCUGAGUGAAGAAACAGAAGCGUCGUAUCCGCAAGAGGAAAUCGAACCCAAACUGUCUGACAAGUCCGCCAAGCAUAUUGGCCUACUCUGUGAAGACAAAGAUGACGACAUUGGGGAAGUUUUAGGACUAUCGAACGAGUCUGUGGUUGAAAAAUCCAAUUCGUCGUUAGCUGAUGUUCUGCUGAGUGAAUGGGGUACUCCGGUGGCGGACUACGAGCACGUGUUCUCAGAACGAAGAAAGUCAAACGCUCAUCGAGAGGGUAACCCACUCUCUACCAGUACUCCAAAUGGUCGUGAGCCAUUUAAAGACUUAAAAAAUUCUACUUCUUCGGUUAGAAAAGGAGUAAUCUCUGGCAGAAAACGAUUGUCGAACUCGACUAAUGAAGGUGAUUACAUACCAACGCCAAAAAGAUAUUCUAAUGCGUUUAAAGGGUAA